ACCAUGGAGCUCAGCACAGUCCUGUCUCUUGUUCUGGUCCUGUUGGGCUACCUAUGGUGGAAGGUGACUCGCCCAAAGUCCUUCCCUCCAGGUCCCCUGGCUCUGCCCAUCGUAGGGAACUUAUUACAGAUGGACUUCAACAAUCCCCUUCAGGGUCUGAAGGAGUUCUCCAAGGUGUACGGCCCUGUGUACAGCAUAUACCUGGGAUUCACGCCAGUUGUUGUGGUCCGAGGAUUCAAAGCUCUCAAAGAGAUCCUUAUGACCAGAGGUGUGGAAUUUGCAGACAGACCACAGAACAGAAUCACACUCCGCAUCUCUGGAAAAAAAGGUUUGGUGAUGGCUCCUUAUGGCCAGGCGUGGAAAGAGCACCGACGCUUCACUCUGUCUACACUGCGGAAUUUUGGUCUGGGCAAAAAGUCCAUGGAGGAGAGGAUUGCAGAGGAGAUUGUCUAUUUAAUACAGGAAUUUGAAAAGCACAAGGAUACACCACUAGAUCCUCAUUUUGCCAUCGAUAAUGCUGUGUCCAACAAUAUCUGUUCCAUUGUGUUUGGGAGACGCUAUGAUUAUGAUGACUCCACUUUCCGAGAUGUUCUUAACCUUGUCCAUGAAAAUAUGACGAUGGCCACUAGUAUUUGGGCACAGCUGUAUAAUGCAUUUGGAUUCAUCCACUAUCUCCCUCUGCCACACCGGAAGAUUUUCAGAAAUGUGGAUACAGUUUUUGGAUUCCUUGGGAAUGUGUUAGAGGAGCACAGGAAAUCAAGACAGCCAGGAGAACCUCGAGACUACAUUGACUGUUAUCUGGAAGAGCUAGACAAGGAAGAACAGCAUAAUGGUAAAAAAACCUUUGAUAUUCGGAGCCUCUUUACUAGCAUGGCAGAUCUGUUUGUGGCUGGAACUGAGACUACAUCUGCUAGCCUAGAGUGGUGUCUGCUUUACAUGAUGGCGUUUCCAGAUGUACAAGAGAAAUGUCGAAAUGAAAUAGACAAAGUUCGGGAAGACAGAGAGCGGCUUAAUUAUGAGGAUCGAGUGAGCAUGCCGUACACGCAGGCUGUCCUACAGGAGGUACAACGAUUUGCAAGUGUUGUGCCUCUAGGAAUAUCUCAUUCAUCACUCCAGGAUGAACAACUAAAUGGUUUUACCAUCCCAAAGGGAACACUCAUUAUCACAGAUCUGUCAUCUCUUAAUUAUGAUGAGACUUAUUGGAAAUAUCCACAUGAGUUUAAUCCAGAGAACUUCCUGAACAAUGAUGGGGAAUUGAUCAAAGCAGAAGCCUUCUUACCCUUCUCUGCAGGGCCACGAGUUUGUCUUGGAGAAAAUCUUGCUCGUAUGGAAAUAUUCCUCUUUUUUACCACGCUCCUGACGCAAUUUGAAUUCCAAUGGCCAGACCCAACAUCAACUCCAGACCUCACAUCAGUGUUUGGGGUCUCCCAGACCCCAAAACGUUUCAAAAUGCGUCUGGUAUCACGGAAAUAAAUGUAACCGCCGUAAGAUCAAUUAUAAUUAUCCCUCUACAGUCUAUAACAAAUGCCUCUGCCAGACUCCUUUACCAUCUCGGAAAUCUCACACCUCACCCCUUUGUCCGUCUCUUCACUGGCUUCCUGUUUCAUUCAGUAUUCAGUAUUCAGUUUAAAGUUCUUAGGCUUACUUACAAAACUCUCCAUAACCACGUCAUUGUUUACAUCUCCUUCAUUAGCAACCGAUGACCUGUCAUUGUCCUGUUUUUGCACCCGCACCCCAGACUCUCGCCUGAAGGAUUUCUCCAUGGUUGCACCCUCUUUAUGGAAUGCCCUCCAGUGGGACACCCAACUCUCCUUCUGUCUGUGGUGCUUCAAAAAAAUCCCUAAAAACACACUUCUUUAUAGAAGCCUAUCAGCUCAUCUUAACUCCUCAUCCCCUACAAAUGUACUCUGCCGUCUCCCACCGACUGUCCUUCCUUGGUCCCCAUUUGUUCAAUCUGUAUUCUGUUUUUCUUGGUAACCUUAUUAACUCCUUUGGAAUUCAGUACCAUUUAUAUGCUGAUGAAGCUCAGAUUUAGCCCUUCCUUUCCAAUCUUCCCUUUUGGAACAAGUCACUAAUUGCCUCUCUUUAAUAUCUUUAAUUAGGUAUCUUCCCGUUUCCUAAUAAUCAGCUUUAGCACUUCCAGAGAAGUGACCGUUCCUUUUUUCUACAGGAUGUCAGGAUUCAUGAACACACGUUCCUUUUGAUUACUUGCAUACUUAUUGGUCAGACAAGCUGUGCUGCUGACCUGAGAGGACUUAAAAUGGCUGCCCUCAAGGAGCAAGAGAUGCAUUGAAAUGAUGUAUUUACUGUAUGCACUGUGUUUGCAUUCAAACUAAAUACGCACAAUGUAAUACAUUUCAUCUUUUAUUUUAAAUAAUAAAAAAAAAUAGGAACAUUUUUA